ACUAGCUUAUGAUCUCUUCACCUUUCAUUAGAGUAUACAAAGACGGCCGAGUAGACCGACUCGUCGAAAAUAUUGUUCCCCCAUCUUUCACUCAAACCGGCGUCCAAUCCAUAGACCUCAUAAUCUCCUCCGAAACAGGCUUAUCAACAAGGCUUUACAUCCCCAAAACCGCCAUUAACACCACACAAAAGCUUCCUCUUCUCGUUUACUUUCACGGAGGCGGUUUCUGCAUUGAAACCACCUUCUCUACCACUUUCCACAAUUACCUAAACUCCUUGGUCAGCUUAGCAAAAAUCGUGGCGGUCUCAGUUUAAUACCGAAGAGCGCCGGAACAUCCUAUUCCGGCUGCUUACAACGACUCCUGGGAAGCUCUUAAAUGGGUGGACUCUCAUGUGGAAGGAGAAGGCUCCUCAGAGUGGCUGAACUCUCAUGCUGAUUUUGACAGAGUAUUAUUCGCCGGAGACAGCGCCGGAGCUAACAUUUCCAAUAACCUCGCCAUACGAUUAGGCUUAUCCGAGGAAACCCUAAAAAUUAAGCUUAGAGGGAUCGUUUUGGUGCAUCCGUAUUUCUGCGGCAAGGAACUGGUGGGGGAAGAAGCAAAUAAGCUUGAAAUUAAAGCUUAUGCAAAUGGUUUCUGGAGUUUGGCAUCGCCAUCAUCAGUAGGUGGAUCAGAUGACCGGCUUAUAAAUCCGGAAAAGGAUCCGAAUCUGGGGAGGUUAGGGUGUGGGAGAGUUCUCAUUUGUGUUGCAGAGAAAGAUUUUUUCAAGGACAGAGGAUUUUAUUACUAUGAGCUGUUGAAGAAGACUGCGUGGGGAGGUGAUGUAGAGAUAAUGGAAGCCAAAGGUGAAGACCAUGUCUUCCAUUUGAUUAAUUCUGAUUGUGAUGAAGCUAUCACCAUGCUCAACAAGAUUGUUUCUUUCAUUAAUUCAUCGGAAGGAUGAGAUUUGAUCGACAUGGUCGGACAUCCAAUUUCGUUUUCACAUAAAGGAAUCAUCACGACGUCGGAAAAGUGAGAAAGAUUAAAGGCAGAUUAAUUAAUUAAAUUAAUUUUGUGCUAGAUGUGGUGGGUUUUCCGUUUUGUGAUGAUAAUGUUGUUUGUUGUUUUAUCAGUUUGUGCCUUGAAUUAUUCUCCUUUCCUAGCUGUGGUUUUCUUGUUUAAUUAUAAUUUCUUACUGAAAAUAUAGUAGGGAAAAAAGGAUGUACGUUUUAAGUGGAUUUAAUGAAAUAUUUGAUAUUGGAAGGAUAAAA